AUGAGCAAAUUAAUCGUUGUUUUGGGAGCCACUGGUGGCCAGGGCGGCUCUGUCAUCGACACCUUCCUUAAACUUGAGGGAUGGGGCGUUCGUGGCCUCACUCGCAACGCUCAGAGUGAAAAGGCCAAAGCCCUAGUUGCAAAGGGCGUGGAGGUGGUCGAGGCUAAUAGUGACGACCAACCCAGUCUCGAGAAGGCCUUCCAGGGUGCCACUGUCAUCUUUGCCUUUACCAACUACUACGACUUUUUUUACGACGUGGGGCCUGAAGAGUCCAUUGCUCGUGAAACCCAGCAAGGAUCAAACCUGGCACGAGCUGCAGCAACAAUCCCAACCCUCGAGCGAUACAUCUGGAGCACCUUGCCCAAUACCGCCGCUAUCACCCAGGGCAAGUCCAUUGUGCCUCACUUUCAAGGAAAGGCCAAUGUGGAUGUGUACAUCAAGGAAACCCUACCCCAGCUUUGCGAAAAGACGACUUUCGCAAUCUACACUAUCUUCGCUGCCAAUUUAAAUCUCUAUCAAAUCUUCAAGCCAAUUUACUUGGCCCCUGCACCUGGCACUUACGUCUACUGCAAUGUUGAAGACCUGACCCUUGGCUCCUUCUUGGCCGCCUGGGGUCGUGCUAGCAGCAUUAGCCCCGAACCAUAUUCAAUCAAGGUCAUCCAGAUUUCUAUCGAGCAAUACGUCGAGCUUUGGGGCAACAUGGGUGAAGAACAAGCCAGCCAGUGGCGAUUUUUCGCCUACCUCAAGGCGGCUCAGAUAAACCCCUACACUGCCCAAGGCCUGGAGAUUAUCCAGGGUAAAGACCUUUUGUCAGACGAACUCAAAGGUCAGCUGGUUCCUGCUGAAGAGGGCCUGAGGGCUCUGGAUUGGUCUGGUUAUGAAGUCCCGGUAUAG